UGGUGGAUGUUUGCUCGUUGUUUAUCUUUGGUGCGCGCGCCGACCUUGCGAAACGUAACGAGAAUCUUCGAAAAAGCCGGCAAUCAAUCGAUCGUGUUAUCGCUAUCAUGUAUCGUAUACGUCAUUGUACGUGUGCUCGUGCUGUUUACCUUUAAAACCGUUCGAUCACGGCAUCGCUUCGAUUCUACAUUAUGGUAGACGAUCACGUCGACUCGAAUGUACGCCGUUUCAACGAAAACAUUCGCGACGUUUAAUCAACUCGACCGUUUCGAUAUAGUUCGAGAUCGUCGAUCGUUGUUGCGUCGACCCGAAAUAGAUAUCGAACGUGCGCGAGAAUCCGUGCGCCUCUGUACGGUCACGCGAAAAUACGACUUGUGUGUCAGUCGAUGAGGUUAGGGUGGCGUAUUUACGCAACGAAAAUUCGUAUCUUCGGUGAUACGGGUACGCGAUGCGGCUCUGACAGUUCGUCUUCUAUCAGCUGGUACAUCGUUGAUAGCGAAUCGUUCGACGAAACAUUGUGCGCGUUGUUUCCGAGCGACGCCGGAUUCAUCGUCGGCGACUUUGACAGCGCACCGUCGAGGAAAGUGAGGUUAACUGGGGAGGAGGUGUGUCGAAAUUGUGCGUGUGCGUGUUGUGCACGGUGGAAUAACACGGCUACAAUACGAUGACGGCGAUGUUAGUAUCCGUAGCUGAGCUGUCGAACAUUUUCUUCGUGCUCGUCGUGUCGAUAUGCUUCUGCGGAGUCUUCUUGUUUAUCAUCAGGAACAUGAUCGUGCUUCGUAUUCACGGCGACGAACUGAUGUUCGGAGGGAGUGGAAGCGUAAUGACACAUUCGCCGCGCAUACCUCAGAUGGAGAUGAUGAAGGUCCACAUUCCCUUCACCUUCAAGCUUCACGAAAGUUUCAAGAGCACUUAUACCGAGGUUGAAUGCGAGGUGUCGAGCCAGGUCGAGUACUCUCUGCAAGCGAUCUGGGGUGUCAGUAUAAGAGAGCUUCAUCUGGCGCUUUGGAAACCUUGGAGCACCCUCAGAGAUGCAUCCUUGAAUGGCACUCUUCUUCAAGGUCACGCACAAUACCUUACGCCACCACAGACUAGACAACCUCACGGAGAAGAAACGUUGAGACUGUCUCUCCCAGCUCCGGAAUUGGAACUAGGAACUCCACCACGACUUUGUUAUCCCCUGGUGAUCUUCCUCACACGCAGGGAUAACGGAGAUCCUCAUCCUGACGAAACUGUGGCCCUGGUAAACGUGGUCCACAUCAAAGACAGCGUGUGCACGUUGCCCACAUCGAUCCUCGCCCAGUACCUGAAACAAGCGAAUGGUCAAUUGUCAUGUCUCAAGCAAUUGUACCUGGCGACUGGCAACUCGACGAACUACGACGAAGGAGACGUGUCCUCAGGAUUGGGUUCUGCCUUGGCCCUCGCGGAGCCUUGCAACAACAACGGGAGCUCCGCAAGGGGCGCUCUGGUCGCUUCCGGGACCGGUGAUUCCGAAGGAUCUCUGUGGAACACCGCUGGAGAACAACUUUGCGUCGUCUGUCAAUAUUUCCCUCUGUCUCGAGCUUUGCUACCUUGCAGACAUACCUGCAUUUGCGCGUCUUGUUUCGGGAAACUCGAUCGAUGCCCCAUGUGCAGAAGCCCCAUCAAGAGCUACUUCUGCAUUAGGGGCGAAGAGUAUAUGCCUUUGGAGACGGAGAUCAAUCCUUGCAAGCAGAGGCAACCCAGCCACGGACCCACUCAUUGGCUUCACGACUGGAACGAUCGACUAACCGACUUCCUUGGUUUCGCGCGAUAGGAUACUCAGUAUUCUCUGUCCUUUUGUCUGGAAUCUGUUGUACAGCGUAGUACCGUGAUACAGAGAUAGAGAAUGAUCGGAUGUAUCUGAUUAACAAGAUCGUAUUUUGGUAUUCCUCUUUUUCUUUCAUUGAUCGAGAAAAGUAUUCGAUUCUUACGGUUAAUCAGAGUCUGAGGGAAGAUGUUUCUUUUGGUUAAUACCCUUUUUUGAACGAGAUUUCUAACUGCCUCUUCGUCGAUUAUGUAACGCUAUGACCGAGCUGCGCCUCAGGUGAAAAUGUAUAAAUUUAGAAAUUUGUGGAUUUACGGAUUUACAAAUUGUUAAAUUAUUCGUCACGCUUAUUAGGAGUGAAACUUUUGUACGCGAAUGCGAAGUGAAUAUCUUAGGAAACAAUAUAAUUUUGUGAAGGUUAUCGCAUUUCUACUGCCAUUCGUUUACAAAAGUUUUGCUGGAAAAAUCUCGUUCAUAGCAUUGUAUAAACGAAGUGUUUCGUACAAAAACAGUUCAGAAAAUGAUUACAAACGAGAAUGAAAAAUAUGGAAAAGAGUAGUAGGGCAUUAAUUUAUGAGCGACGAAGAAAAGAUAAAGGAACACGUAAAAAACAAAAUCUUGAGAAAAUGUGAAAUUUGAUGCAGUGCCAAAUAAGCUGAAUGUGAAUCGCAAUUUUCGUCGAGAUUUUGUUAAAAAUGAUAAGUUGAGUUUCGUUUCUGUAAUUGAUCGAAGAUCGUAGAAUUAGGAUCGCAUCACAUUGACAUUGUAAGUUUCUUUUCUCCUUUAUACGAUCGUCUUUCGACUCUGCUUUAUAAAGUGAACUCGAAACGCGAGAGAUCAGUACAUAAAUACUUUGUUGGACAGAAAAUAUCUUCAGCUAUGAAGAAUGGAAAGAAUAAAAUAGAAAAUUUACUAAUGUCCACGUGAACGAGGAGGGAGAGCGUUUGACAAAAAGAAAAGAAGGGAUCUAAUUGUAAAGACAGAGUAACGUUUCAGAUUUUUAUCGCGUAACGUUGUAUAAAUACUUAAGAUGUAAAUACAAGAUAAAACUAAGAAGACAUGUCCAACUUUAAGAUGUAACUAAUAAUUAAGUUAUUGAUAUUAUUUCAUACGAUACGCAGGUUUAUUCGAUAGGUAUUAGAAACAUUAGCUCCGAAUAUGCAUGCCUUUAAGAGUAUUCUUUCUCUGUUUUCUUUUUUCUAUCUAUAUGUAUUGAUAUACAAAAAGAAGAGAAGAAAAGGUAAUUUUUUUUCUCUCGCAAUGCUCUGCCGUCCAUGCGCAGCGAUGGAGCUAAUUUCCCUACAGUUCUUGUUAGAACAGCGCUACCAUGAGAGAACGUUGCUAAAAUAAUUUAACAAGGAUGUUGCGUUAACGUUUAAACUGUAAAUACACAGACUGUGAUAAUUCUAAUAACAUCUAUUAUAUAAACCGGAUACAUGAGAGAAGGUGUCUUAAAUUUUCUGACACUACAGAGAAAGGAAUUGGAGCGGCAGGAAGUGAAACAUGAAAUCGUUUUCAGAUCAUUGUUUUUUAUCUAUUAGGCACCUUACAUACAAAAGAAAAAAGAAUAAAAAGUGACGACAUUCUCUUGCGUGGAGUUUGUAAUAAAAUCUGAAUUUUAUUAAUGUUCAGAUAAUAAUAUUUGUGCAAUGUUUGUAUGAUUCGUUAAUUGCCGAUAUCUUGACAUUUGCAAGAGUAAGCAACUUGAGUAGCUCUGAGAGAAAGGCUACAGAAUGAUGUUUUAAAUAUUGUUAUACAAUAAUGUGCUAUUGCAAACUCCAGUGUGCAAAAGUAUGGGAGUGUCUGGACCUAUACAUGUUAAUUGAAGAGUAAAGGCCUCUAAAGUCAAUGUUAUUGUAGUCGAAGAUCUUAACAUCCUAAUUUAUAUUUUAUUUAGUAAAUAUGGCAUUUUGAUGAUGUGACAAUGCCUGUAUGUGAGAACAACCUGUAUAUAAUUUAUUUAAUAAAGAUUAUUCAUUCUGUCA